ACCCCCUUUACAACAUCCAAACUUUCAGUUCAGCCAAGCAUUUCCCUUCUACUCCCAUGGCUACUGCUAUUUCUUUAGCAUUUUCUUUAGACCCUCAAUCUCACCACAACUACCAUCACCAUUUUCACCAUAAUACCAACUUCAGUUCACAUAAAGCUUCAAUCUUUACACAAAAAGAUCCAUUCCCUUUUCUCAUCUCAUCAAAUUCACGCACUCCCAAUCUAAUUAUCCCACUUUCAACUUCCCAAUCUUCUUCUUCUUCUUCCUCAAUAGAAACCCCACUUCAAACAGGUAAAUUUCUCACUAACCAAGAGCUUGAAAAGCUUGAAUUUUUGGAGAAAUACAGGUAUUUUCAAGAAUUGGGAUCUGGGGUAUUGUGGGUGCGUGUGAUGAGGGAAGAAGAAAUGGAUGUUACUGUUUGGUUGUUAGCUGAGUCUUUUGCUGAGUCAAUGUUGAUGCCUAAAGGAUACGUGAAAUUCUUGGCAUACUUAGUGAAGCAGUACAUGAUUGAAAGAAGAGCAAUGAUGCCUCAUACUGCAACACUUCUUGGAUUCUAUAAAGAAAAUGGAGAAGAUUCAGAUUUGCAAUUGGCUGGAACUGUGGAAGUGUGUUUUGAUAAAAGGGGUGCUAAUGCUAAUCCUCCCACACCUACACCCCCCAAGAACUCUCCAUACAUUUGCAAUAUGACUGUAGAGAAGCUGCUUAGGAGAAGGGGCAUAGGUUGGCAUCUGUUGAAAGCAAGUGAGGAACUAAUUUCUCAAAUGAGUUCUUCUAGAGAGGUUUACUUGCACUGUCGAAUGAUUGAUACUGCUCCACUGAACAUGUAUAGGAAAGCAGGGUAUACCAUUGUUGAGACAGACAACCUAUUUAUCCUGUUGACAUUGCAGCGACGCAAGCACUUAAUGUGCAAAGUUCUUCCAGAUUCAGAAAGUUCUUUUGAAGUUGAUCAACCUACUUCUUCAAUUGACACGUGAACAUUGAAACACAGACCAAUUUUUAGGUGGAUUCUGGUCUUCAAUUUUCCAACACUCCACAGAUUUAUAUAUCCCUGAAAAUAAGCAUAUCUCAUAUUUUACAACAUGCAGAAGCUGUUUACAAUAUUGCACAGGCUAUUAUAAUAGCAUGAGAAACAUUUUCUGGAAUAUGAAGAAGGAGGAUUCAAGGCUGAAACAUACAAGGAUUUAGCUGAUCCUCAGACCUGCUUCUUCGUCGCUUGUUCCACGCCGCCACCAAACCAAAAGGCAUGAUAACUGUUCUUUCAAUAGAUUCAGAUGCUAUCUUAUCGAUCAGAAUGAUGUAUUACAUUUGAUAAAGCAGUCAGCUUGAAUGGAAAAGAAUACAAAUUUCUGAGAAAUUCAUGAUAAAAAGCGAAACAUACUUGGAUACUACAGAAUAAUUAGGCAAUGAAAAAGAAAACUAGCUGAAGAGGAGAAAGAAGAAGAAUGAGAAAAUAGAUAUAAAGUAUAGGAAGUAGGAAAUAGAGAUGUAUGAGAAUCCUGCUGGAGUAUGUAUAAAGCAAAUGAGAGGUUAGCUUAUGACAAAUACUUGACACUCUAAACACUGUUAUCACCCAACAACCUAAGCUUCUCUCACUUGAAGGGUAAGAAAAAGCAAGAGAUGGGAAAAAAAGGUGGUAUUAGUUGCUUACCUUCAAAUGAGAAGUGGGUUGAGGGGUAUUCUUGAAAAGGAAAGAGAAGCUGCAAUUUAACAUAACAUUCUCUUUUUUCUUUAUCAUUUUUCUAUGCAUUGCAAAUGGUUCUUGUU